AUGGAUGAGCUUGUCUGUAUUCAAAAUUGCGAACCCGAUAUUUUAUUAUGGGACAAUGAACUCAAUGGCACUCCAUUAUCGAUAAUGGAUACUCCUCCCAUGCAACAAUUAUCAUUUUCCGAACGGUUAGAGAUUAAUGAGCCUAUGGCCGUCUGGUUCAAGUGGAAAGGGAAGUGGCAUGCAGGCAUCAAAUGUGCAAGAGAUGAUUUGCCAAUGUCCACUCAGAAAGACAAACCAGUUGACGAUAAUCAGAACAAAUAUUUCACCAUAUUUUCUCCGGAUAUAAAGAAUUAUUGUUGGGUUAAAAUGAUUUCUGUUCAAUCGAUUAAUGAAUUUCCUCAGCCUAUAGCAUAUGAAACUCAUCAAGAUGGGUUGAAAAUUGUACAAGACUUGACUAUUGCUCGACGCUUUACAAUGCAAAACCUCCUCAUCGAAAUGAUUAAUAUUGUUGAACAAAUUCAUUCUCAUGCUUUGACAGAAGAUGCUCGCGAUGUGAUAGUUUGGAAGCGAUUUGCAUUGGAAGCUUCUGAGUGUAAAAGCUAUUCAGAUUUUGGAAGAAUGGUUCAGCGACUGCAGAAGAGCAUAGUGCAGGGUUAUAUAAUGGAUGAUUGGAAACUGCGUUGUUCUAAGUCUUGGGUUGAUCGAUGUGCGAAGGCAAAAAAUGCAGAAACAAUUGAGCUGCUGACUGAGGAACUGGUUGAUUCCAUAUUGUGGAAUGAUGUUUGCACUCACUGGAUUGAAGACCCUGAGCCAAAAUUACGUUAUGUAUGGAAAACAUGGAAACAUGAUGUAAUGAAAUGGUUUUCAAGGAACCCUGUGUUAUCUAGCAGCAUUGGCUCGCAGCCACGUGCUUCUAGCUCUUAUGGAUUGUGCCAAACAAGCUUUCAAGUUGGUUUCAGAAGGCCUAAACUUCAAAUUCGUCGUUCGAUGCAUAAAAGUACCGUGGAGGUGCCUGUGGAAUCUGAGUUUCCUAGUCAGUUGAUGAAGGAAUUGAGUGAUAUUGGAGUCGAGGCUGUAGAUUGCGAUGUCUUGCCCAUCACAGAAAUGGUACCAAGGCCUAUGGAUGAUGAAGAAAGGCCUAUGGAUGAUGAAGAGGCUAUUGAAUUAUUUGUAGAACCUGAUAUUGAUAAUACCAAGAGUCGACAAUGUGAAAAGUUUAUCGAAGCCAAGGGAAGGCAAUGUAGAGGACGAGCAAUUGGUAGCGAUAAAUAUUGUUGUGCUCAUUUCUCAAGAAAACCUGCAAAAGAGGAUAAAGCUCCUACUCCAAUGUGUGGAGGUACAACUAUGGCUGGUACUAAAUGCAAGCAUCAUUCACAUCCUGGCUUUUCAUUCUGCAGAAAGCAUUUGAGCAAUGUUGAGACUAAAAAUAGAUCAAAUUUGAAACGUCGUAGAUCGAAAAGGAAAGCAAAAGUAUACUGCAGUGGUUCGACAUCGAAGAGAAGGGUUCGCGAAGACAUAGGCGUGGCACCUCCGAGAAGUCCAUUGGAUAUUGAUCCGGUAUCGGUCAUUGACGAUGAUUCUUUUAUUGCAAGGAACAUUUUACGUGAAACACUCGCGCUUUCUGGUAGUGAUCAUAAUGAGGCUCUUCAAUGGAUAGAUUCUCCUCUUAAUGACAAUGAUACUGAUAAUGAUAAUUCAAUUAAGUGUAAGGUUUGUUUUGAAGAAUUUUCCGAUGAUGAAUCACUCUGUAACCAUUGGAUGGAAAAUCAUGAAAGGGAAGCACAUUGGUUAUUCAUGAGUUAUGCUUGUGCAAUUUGUCUUGAUUCCUUCACCAACAAGAAACUAUUGGAAUCGCAUGUUCCGGAUAGACAUCAUGUGCAGUUCAUUCAACACUGCUUGCUUUUGAAAUGUAAUGCUUGUGGUGGUAAUUUUGGAAAUAUGGAUGAAUUUUGGUUACAUGUUAAGUCAAUUCACUCUUCCGAAUUCAUGGUAUCAAAAGCUCCUAAGCAACUAACAUUGACACAUGGUGAUGAUUCUCUGGAAAUGAUUGAGCACAUAAAUGAAGCUUCUUUGGAAGAACCUCAGCCUAACAAUCUCAAUAUCUUAUCGAUUGCUUGCACAAAUUCCUGUGAAGUUAAUCUUGAGGCAUCAUUGAUGGAGAAAUAUGGAUAUUUACCAGAAAGACUUAAUUUGAGGGCAUCUGAAGAUUGCAGUGAGAGAGAAAUUCUUGAGAAUUCUAGUCGGAAUGAGAUUCACCCUGUCGUCGUUAGUCCACCCUCAUUAAAUUUGGGUUCAUUGCAAAAGGCUAUUGUUUUAUGUGGUGACAUAAGCUUUGGGAAGGAACCAACUCCAGUGAUUUGUGUAUUGGAUCAAGAAAUACUCAAUUCUCUUUUUGAAAAAGAGCGAUACGUAAAUCUUCCUAGCCCUUGGGAAAGUUUCUCCUAUGUGACAAAACAAAUGCUUGAUCGAUUUCCUACUCAUAAUCACGAGGAGAGCCUGCAGCUGACAUGUUCUUGCUCCUCUUCUACAUGUUGUCGUAAAACUUGUGAUCAUAUAUACCUUUCCGAUAAUGGUCUUGAUAAUGCAAAAGAUAUAUUCGGGAAACCAAUGAGCGGAUCAGAGUUCCCAUACAAUAAAAAUGGUCGACUCAUGUUGAAGGAAGGUUAUCCGGUGUACGAGUGUAACGAUUUAUGCAGAUGUAGUAAAACCUGCCAGAACAGAAUAUUGCAGAAGGGAAUUCAAGUUAAAUUGGAAGUCUUUAAAACAAAGGAAAAGGGAUGGGGAGUAAGGGCUGGCGAGGACAUUCUUCGUGGAACGUUCGUGUGUGAGUAUAUUGGAGAAGUUGUAGCAAAGAAGGAGGUACACAAAAGGCGAGAAAGAUACGGUAAAAACGGUGAAUAUUUCUAUGACAUUGGUGCUCAUGUUAGUGAUACGAGUGGAAUUACAGAAGGACAUGCGAGCGAAUACGUUAUUGAUUCUACUAGUUAUGGAAACGUCUCAAGAUUCAUUAAUAAUAGUUGUUCGCCGAAUCUUGCGAGUUACCUAGUUUUUAUAGAGAGCAUGAAUAGUGAGCAUGCACAUAUUGGUCUUUAUGCAAAUAGAGAUAUUGCUUUGGGGGAAGAGUUGACAUAUAGUUAUGACUAUGAGUUUGUUGGUGGAGAAGAAUAUCCUUGUCUUUGUGGAUCCUUGAAGUGCAGAAACUGA